GGGCGGGCGGCGGGGCGAGGCCGGGGGGCUGUGCUGGGCCGGGCGGCGGUCCCGGUGCUGCUGCCGGUCCGGGAAGGCUCCUCUCUCCAAGAGGAAUGGGCCACCGGCGCCUCCCACCUGCCUUCUUGUCUCCGUGGAGUGUUUUUCCAUGCUGCUGAGGAGCAAGUGAAUUGAAUGCUGUGGCCUUUACUGUAUCCUCCAAGUCGCCAGCCCACGUGGAAUAGCACCAAGAAAACAUCCAUCUUUGCUAUUUAGUAUAAAUCGAGUUAUUUUCAGGUUAUUCAGAAUUAAUUCUCAUGUCAGCGGAAAGCUCAACCAUCACAGUUCGUCUUGUGCGCUCUUUUGAGCACCGGAACUUCAGACCUGUGGUGUACCAUGGAGUUCCCUUGGAUCAGACAGUGAAGGAGUUCAUCGCUUUUGUGAGGAAGGAUGUGUCUUCAAGAACAGGACUUCCUCCUCCUUUUAAAAAUUACAAGUAUGAUACAAUGAAGAUUAUUCACCAAGCACAUAAAUCGAAGACUGGUGAGCUUGUAGUGAGUUUGGAAGAUGAUGACAAACUGAUUUUGAAGGAAGACAGUACGCUGAAAGCAGCUGGAGUAGCAAAUGAGACGGAAUUAGCAUUCUUCUGUGAGGAAGAUUACAGAAACUACAGAGCUAAUCCUGUUUCGGCCUGGUGAAGAUCCCAAGAGAUUGUUUUGUUUUCCCAUACCUGUUGUAAAUUUUCUUAUUCUGCUUAAUGAGAUUUUUCUUAAAGAUCAAUAAAUCCUAGAGGAUUUCUUUGCAAACAGUGCAAUUCCCUUCCUAUAGAAAUUAAUUUCUGUCAAUAUGCUAAGGCUGAGAGAAGGAGAACUGGUGGACAUAAAUGACUUUUUUUCUUCCUCCCUUUUCUUUUUGCUGGGCUUGGCUCUUGAGCCUCAGGCAGUGCCAUCCCUGGCCUGUGACACACUUUCGUGGUGUGAUCCCACAGCAGACAGUAACUGCAUAUGGAAAUUAUACAAGGCACAGGAAGAUCCCAGCCCAGUACUAACUUCUAAUGAAAAUGCAGUGAAACCUUCUUCAAGUGAAAUGAAAUGUUUUAUGGCCAAAUCACUGGGUAUUUUAAAGAACUUGAGAAUCUCUCGGUUUCAAGUCACAGCUUUACUUCUCUCAUGUUAUGUUUGGUCUCUUUUGUUUAAAUAGUGCAGACUGGCCAGUGUUUCAUGCUUUGCAGUGAUGAAUGCUUUCCAUUAUCCUCUCUUCCAGCCCUCUUUAGCAUGCUGAAAGGGACAAAUGUCUGUUGGGAGGCUUUUGUGUCCAAGGACCAGCUCGCCUGUUGCUAGCUUUACUUGAUGGAGACACCUUCACAUAGGGGUAGCAGCUCGAGUUCUGCCAGGACAUCAGUGUGCCUAAGUAGGAACUGGGCAUUUUUCCAAAUGGAGUGAAAGCUCAUGGUUUCAGUUUUAAGAAUAAAACCUGAAUGAUUGUAUUUUUUUGCAAGGAGAGGCCCAGUCUGUGAGCCACAUGUCUUCAAGACUGGAAUUGAUUCCUUUAUGCUUUCCAUGAGCCAAAUACUCUGUGUGUUUGUUCUUGGAAAUUCCAGGCUUUCCUACUACAUGAACCAAAUUAAGAAUGACAGAAAAUAAUCAUGCAUCCAAGAAAGUACCUUUAGAUAGAUACCACUUAUGAAAUGCUUUUUAGGGGGUACCAACAUGGGACACUGUGCCUUUAAGCCUCCCUUCAUUGAAAUAGGAAUGAUGGCUCUCUGCCUUAGCAGCCUUUUUGGGCCUAGGCUCUGCUCAAAUGAAUGAGACCUCACGUGCAAUUGCUUUAAACCUACACAUCGACCCUGAGCUCUGUGUGAGAGCUGACAAUGCUGUUUCCAUGAGACUUUCUGGAGGAGUAACCCUGCCAUUUCCUAGAGCUUUGAUUAUUGUUUUUAUUGACAUGUGUUUAUCUAAAUAAAAUUUCCCUUUAUUUUA